CUAAACAGUCUGCAAAGGAUUCUCAAAGCAAACGCUUCAAAAGUUAAACGCUAGUAGCGACGCGCUCAUGAAAAUCUUGUGUACAAAAAUUCUUUGAAAGUGUAAAAAGUUACAAUAGAGGAAACAUAAUUUACAAAUCAAAAGUAAAACAAAAAAAAAACAAAGUAAAUAUUUUGAGGAAUUUGCAAGCAAUUUUUUGAGCGUAUAAUUCUAUUGAAAAAAGCGCUUUGAAAAAAAAAUUUGUGUAGUAACGCUAAAAAAAUUCUCUUAACAUUUUUCAACUAAAUUUAAAUUACAAAUACUCGAGUGGUGUGAGUAAAAAGCUUCACUGAAUUCUUGAACAAGCGGAAGUGAAACCAACGCCAACUCCAAGCAGCCGAGCAGUUUAAGUGGAAACACAACAACAUUUGUCCCAUUCACGGCUUUCAAUUUCUGCGUCUGAGUCUGAGCCAAAGUGAACCUACGAAGCACAUAGCGCAACUAAGGAAGUGAACUUCUGCUAAUAGUUUUUCGCCAAUUUUUAGUGUAGUAAAGCAGUAGUUUUAUCCAUCCUCUUAGCAAUGGAAUCCCCCAGUUCAGCCACCGCUUCAGCUGCUGCUGCAGCUGCCGCAAAGCGCGUACAAAUCGAGAAGGCGCACAAUUUCAUGCGCCAAUAUCGAGAUCCCGAAUCGCGCGAACUGAAGAAAUUGUCAGCCAAUCAAUUUAUGGAUGUGUGGGCACAUUACGAUAAAGAUGGCAAUGGAUAUAUUGAAGGAACAGAGUUGGAUGGUUUCCUACGCGAAUUCGUUUCGAGUGCAAAUGCCACAGAUAUCAGCCCCGAAGCUGUCACCGACACAAUGCUUGAGGAGCUGAAAUCCUGUUUUAUGGAGGCUUACGAUGAUAAUCAGGAUGGAAAAAUCGACAUUAGAGAGCUUGCCCAACUUUUACCAAUGGAGGAGAAUUUCCUUUUACUCUUCCGUUUUGAUAACCCGCUGGAAUCGAGCGUUGAAUUCAUGAAGAUUUGGCGUGAAUACGAUACUGAUAAUUCUGGUUACAUCGAAGCUGAUGAGCUGAAAAACUUUCUACGCGAUUUGCUUAAGGAGGCCAAGAAAAUUAAUGAUGUUUCCGAGGAUAAACUAAUUGAAUACACCGAUACAAUGUUACAAGUCUUCGACGCCAACAAGGAUGGACGUCUGCAGCUCUCCGAAAUGGCCAAAUUGCUUCCGGUCAAAGAGAAUUUCCUCUGCCGUCAAGUUUUCAAGGUAAGCAGGAGAGUAAUGGCUUUGGUCGUGCGCUGGGCUGAUAUUCAAAAUUUUGCCCUUGAAACAGCAAUUGAAUUUGAUAUGUCCACAGAAGAAUUUAAAGUAUCGGCACACUUUCUUAAACAAUAUGAACUGUCUCUAAAGAGAUCAACAACAUUAUUUAAGCUGGAAGACAAUGAAGUCGUUAAGCGUGCACUUGCAUUUACGAUUUUUGUUGAAGGCAUCGAUUUUUCGAAGUACCAACUCUCCAACAUGAUGGCUAUGAAUGAAACCGCGAUAUUCCUAUGCCAAGGAGCUCAAACGACAGUUCACCACAAGGCUUCUUCAACUUACGCUUCUUCUACCGUUUACGAUAGUGCACGUAUUACCUGUAUUUUGGCGAUUCGUCUAGAUGGCAAGAAAGUAUCGCCAUUUUUAAUCACUAUAGGUAAAAAAUACCAGAUUCAACGUGUUUCAGGAAUUUAUGUCAUUGAAAGUGAAAUAGCCUGGUGCACCCAAGCAGUUAUAAGUGAGUGGGUUGAUUUUAUGCUGCCACCACUGUUGAGGGGUCAGAAUAGGGGUAUACUAGUUUGGGAUUUAGCCAGUACCUACUCAUCGCGCUAA